AUGAAUCAAAUCAAACGAGAAUUACGUUUUAAUCGAUUUUAUUAUAAAACUAUAACAUUCGCGCGAGAUAAGGUGGAUACUGAUGUACAAACUACUUCGAUUGAAAAUUUAUCAAAUGAAAUGUUCUACGAAAUAUUCGAUUAUCUUGAUGGUUGUGACGUCUAUCAUGCAUUUUUAAAUCUUAAUCAACGUUUUCAACAACUUGUUAAAUCUUCAUCUUAUCUACUUAAAAUUAAAUUUCAUUUCAGACUGUCAAAAAAACAACAUAUGAAUAAAUGGAAACAAUUUAUACUUUUAAAUAAACCACAAAUAUUUUCGAUUUAUGUGUGUCUUCCAUUUCGUAUGAAUCAACUUUGUACAGAGUUUACUAUCAACUCAACAUUUUCUCGUCUCGAAUCACUUGUUCUUCAGAAAAUUCAUUCAGACCAAAUUAUAUCACUUCUUAUCGAGUUACCUUGUCUACCACGUCUUUUUUCAUUAACUAUCGACUUAUCGGAUCAUUUAGAAGAUCUAACGAAUAUUUAUCGAAUCGUUUUCACAUUACCAUUGUUAAAAUAUUUUAAAUUCACAAAACGUUGCGGAGAUACAUCGACUUCAUUGUCACCGCCUAUUCAUAAACAAUUUAGUACUAUUGAAUAUAUGGAUAUAUAUCAUUUUUGUACUUUCGAACAGCUUUAG